CCUUCCAGCAGCGCUCAAAUGCCGCCACCGCCACCGCCACCGCCACGCAUCCUCGCCGGCGCACUCUCGGUCGCCGGGCGCACCGCCGCCGCAGGAUCGGCCGCGCCUGCGCCUGUGCGCCACCGGCUCGCGGAAUGGUGGAUGAUGUUCCGGGGCAUCGACAGCCCAUCCCCUCUCUCGCCGCCGUCGCCGCCGCCUCCGCCUCCUCCCUCUCCGGUGCCUUCGCCGUUGCCGGCUGCGCCGCCUCCGCCCGCUCCGCCGCCACGGCCUCCGCCGUCGCCGCCGCCCGACGCCUUCCACGCCGCGGUAUGGGUGGGACGCCUCGUCGGCCACAACCUCUUCGACCGGUCGCCCGCCGCGCCUCCUCGCCCGCCAUCGCCGCCGCCGGCGCCACGGCCACCUCCGACAUCUCCGCCCCGCCCACCGCCGCCGUCGUCGCCUCCCUCGCCGCCUCCCUCGCCGCCGCCGCCGCCGCCGCCGCCGUCGCCGCCGCCGCCCGCGCCUCCGCCCUCGCCUCCUCCGUCGCCGCCUCCGCCCUCGCACCCGCCGUACACGCCCUACUGGAGGGACGCACGCUGGAUCGGGUGGACCGAGGAGGACGCGCGGCUGUGGGGCGGUCGCGGGCCGCUCAACCGCCUCGCCAACCUCGCGGUGCCGUACCACACGCUCGACGAUGUGCUGGGCACGCAGGCGAACGCCGCCAAGCCGUCGCACUGGAUCGUGCUGCUGGGCUGCGUCCUGCUCGCCGCGGAGGUCCUCACCUUCCUCCUGAUCUACGUCUCCUGCUGCGUCGCGCCGCCCGGGAAGCAGACGGACGACGCUUCCGGCCGCAACCUUUCCCUCUCCGACCUGCCCCCGCACGGGCCAGCCUGGGCGCCGCGCCCGCUCUGCUCCAGCACACGCAGCGGGUCCGUGUACAGCGGCAGCGGCGGCGGCGGCGGCGGCGGCAGCUUGGGCGGCGCGCUGUGGAGCGGCCGCCCGUACGAGCGCGUCCAGACGGCGGCGACCCGUGGGCCGACCACGCGCGGCUGUUCGACGUGCUGGCCCCGCGCGAGGGAGGGGCCUACUCGGAUGACGACGAGGACGACUCGUCCAUCGGGUCGACGCGCGGAGUCUCCGGCCGCCGCUCGCGCCGGCACUCCCGCGCAGCAGAGGCGGGCGGAGGCGUCAGCCCCGUCGGCACCGCCAGCAGCCGCCGCUCGCUCGCGCAGGCAAAGGCGUCGGUGCCGCGUUCCGCCUCUUCGCCCGCCGAGCUCAGCGAGACUGCGGAGCCAGAGUCGCCGCUCUCGCGCGCGCAGCGGCUCGAGCAGCUCGCGCUGCAGGAGCAGCUCGCUGCGGCUGGCUGGAGGACACGUCCACGACACGAGCAGCUCGCGAGGCUGGCUGGCGCGGGGGGCUGCGCGCGCCCGCCGGGCGGUGGCCGCGCGCCGUUCGACGGACGCGCGGCAGAGGGGCGCGCGGAGAGCUUCCCGCGCGGCUUUGGGGCGAGGGCAAAGGUGGCGCCGCAGUCGGCGGCGCUGCAGGCGGCGCAGCAGCGGCGUCUCGCGCGCGCGCGCGCGGCGAGGGAGGAGGGGGGGCCUCCGGCGCAGUCGUUCACGGUGCUUGUGUGAGGGGCGAGGGGCGUGGCGCGUGGCCUCUACUGCCGGUCUGUGUGAGGGUGUCUGCAGUCUGGUCGUCGCCGGCCGACGCAUCUCUCACUUUCCGCUCGCGUUGUGUUACACCCACCCGGUAUCAAACUCUAUACGGCUUUACUGUCCC